ACUCCAAAAAUGUCUCGGAAAACUCUAGAUAGUUCUGCAAAAUCUACUGCGGUUGUAGAAGUUGAUCCUUUAGAGUGCCCGUUUAGGGAAUUCCGUGAUAAUGAAUUACAAAUAGACUAUUGGGGUAUGGGUCCAGUCGCCUUCAGAGCACACAGUCAAGUCUCAAAGACGCCAACGAAAGUUCCACAUGACAACAGCCUUUGGGUUGAUGAUCAGGCACAGCCGCUGCCAAGGUCUGUGAGGAACUUCCUCCAUCGGUGGAUCAGGGCUGAACAGCUUGCAAUGGAUAGAUGGAAUGCUGAAGUUAUUAUUUUUGAGGAGAACGAUGGAGGCAAGAUGGGGAUAGGUGACAUGCAGCUGAGUCAUGCUCAGGUGCUGUUCAGGUCUUCGUUCUGCAGAAAAGUGCUAUCAGCUUGCUUCAUACUGGAACGAGUUGAAGGUUUGAUGGUUGAACAUCAAUGGGAGUACUUCACAUUUUUCUACCCACCAGAGGGUUGGCGACCGAAGUAUCACAUCUACUCUCCUGGAACCAAACCUGGUGGUGGACCUCAGCAUAAACCUGGGCUUUCUAAAAGCGGUUGCUACCUAGUCCGUCUGUUCUACUUAGGCACCUGGCGUUGCGUGUGGGUCAGUGACCAGGUUCCAGUAGAUACCUCUGGAUCUCCACUGCUUCCUUUCUCUCCACUCUUGACUCAUGCUCCAACGAAACCUGGUUCGAAGCAGGCACCUCAAACUGUGACUGCUGGAGUGGUGUUCCUGUGGCCUUUGCUUCUGACGAAGGCGCUUCUCAAGCUGGCGGCACCUGACAUGAAUUCUGAUGAAGACUCCCAUUGUGCCGAGGAUGAGGACUUAGAUGACUUUAACAUAAUGCACGCGCUAACUGGUGGUAUGAAUAUACGGUAUCAUGUACCUGAUAUUGAAGAUCUCUGGGUGCGUAUCAUCACUGAAGUUCCCCUCUUCUCCUGGGAUGACGACGAUGAAACUCAGCCUAGUACAAUCAAAUCCAAAAGUACUAAAAAACCUACUGCUAAAGAGUUAGCUGCUGUUGUUAAACGAACCUGUCUAACGUAUGCCAUCAUUAGAGACACGAAGGACUAUCCACCAUACCACCUGCCAGGAAUAACUCCUGGACACGAAAUGAGUCUUCUCAUCAUGAUGGCUCGAGAUCUGCCUCUGAAGAAGCCACUGCCAGAACCUGAGGUAGCCUUAUGGAAAUACUACCGUUGGGUGGACUGGGCUCGUGGUCACGGGCUCUACGCAGAGUAUGACUGUCCCCGCACCAGGUUCCUGAAAGUCAAUGGACUACUGAAGCUGUCUUAUGCUCCUCACCUCUUAGAUGUUCAGAGCACGGAGUCGAUAACUCUUGGUUUUAUUGAGGAGCAAGUAAAGAGUGUCACUGGACCGCCGAAAGACGAUGAUGAAUAUCACAAGAAAAAAGAAAAGAAGACGAAGGAACAGUUGAAAUAUGCUCUUAAUGCUGCGCAGCAAGCGGCUUUGGCAAUUAAAGAGGAACUCAGAGAGUGGAUACAAUUUAGUUCGCUUCAUCAACUAGUAAACUUCAUACAUGUGAUAUACUAUCCAUCUUUGUUUAACUUUACGUCGGCUGGCAGUCAUCCUCCAAUGAGGAGUUUGAAAGCAGCCAACAAGACAACAGAUAUAGUGGCUCCUAAAUCAGCACCCUUAUAUUUUCAAGUCGAUGGCCCAGAAACAAAUAAAAUUAGGAUGUCUCUAAGUAUGCUGCAUCCAAGAAUCCUAGCCAACAGCGGUACUCCAGUAAUGAAUUUCAUAGAACCAGCUAAUUUUGUUUUGGAGAGAUUUGAAUGGUUCAAAGAUAUAGAUUUACCAAUACCUAAAGCUUAUGUGAGAACAAGAGGAUAUGAAUCAGUUGAAAUCGAUUUUGAACCUGGCAGACACUUUUUUAGGGUUUGGACACAUUCGCGAAUGAACUGGCACAUUAUGGUGCUCAGUGACUCCACAGUACUCCUGAACACUAGAGACGUGAUCCAGGGUGCUGCUGUCAAAGAAUGUCCUUGGGCAGCAAAGUUCCUUCUGAAUCUUGGAGCGGCAUUCUCCAAUUGGAUAAAAGUUAAUCGAGCUAGUCAAAGUGUUAUAUCGGCUGAUAGGGAAUUUUUCAGAUCUUAUCAACCUGAUUUAAAGUGGGACAAAGAAGUAGCGGGCUAUGAUCGUCAUCUCCUACACUGGAUGUUCAGACAAGCCCUCCAGUCGUUACUAUCAAAAACUUUAAACCAAACAGAGUGGAAAGCUGUGUCAAAUGUUUUGAGGAAAUAUUUUUGCGAUCCAGAUUUUGGAUUCCCGCCAAAACCCAAACCUCCAAGAUCUGUGAGGGAGAUUGCAAAUCUGGAUGUUUGUGAUUGUUUGAUGCCCGAAAUAGAAGAAAUAGAAUUUAUGGAAGAGCAGAUGGAGGAAAUGGAACAGUCGAACGAAGAAGCAAAACCCUUAGUAACACCCGAAAUGAUGGCAAAAUUAUUGAAAGCACCUGAAUUACCAAUAACAUCCCAAGUUUGUGAACUGGCUACUGAGGAGGUGCCAUGUGGAAUACUGAAGGAUGAAAGGGAGAAAAUGAUUAGAAAACAUGAAGCGGCUAUAAUCCUUCAAGCUCAUUGGAGAGGCACUUGGGCUAGAAAAUGCCUUAAAUCUAAUAUUACUAUUUCUAGUGAAGUGACUAAAUAUGUGAAUGAUCAUGCAUUUGGAACUGUAGAUGCACUCUCAAGGUUAAUGAACGAAUUCUUCGGGAUGUUUCCUGGAGCUAAAUAUGCUUACUCAGUAUCUUCAGCGUUGAGCGGAGUCUAUGGCUUACACCACCAUAGUGGUACUACUAAUGUGACCCCUAAAUGCAAGUGGGUCCCAUAUUUUCAAGGAGUGUUUUAUUGCCACGCACCCGUUAAGGUCCAUUUUGAUGUUCAGAGCACCAUUCCACAUAGUACUGUAGCAGUUUUCAAUAAUGAUUCGGGAGAGCAGUUGCCACAAGCUUAUAAUGCUCAUAUUACUUUUGAGUUUGCACCAAACUUUCUUGGCUACACAGUCUUAGGCCACAGCAAUCUGACUCAACCUCCAGGCAUUCACUAUGAUGCCCAUUGGCAGCUUACCGUCAUGACUUCCAUCGAUGGUGCUUUCCACAUCUGCGACAACGAGGACCCUUGCAAGGAAACGCCGAUUCCAAAUUCAAACAAACUGCAUCUCGAUGAAAUGUUUUUGCCAAACAGAAGGAAUAUUUUGGGUGGUAUUCAGAUCUCCGUGGUGAAGCAUGAAGCUGUCAGUUUUAGGGCUGCUGCCACAUCACCCGAUUUAGAAAUGAUAGCAAUUCUACGUUCCAUUAAUCCAGGGGGUACAACUGAAGAGAUAUCAAGAUGCUCUGGAAGAGGAGAGAUCUACUGGCCUUACAUCAGGCUGGAACCACCUCCGAGCAAGAAGGGGACGUCUUCUCAUCAUCAAGCUUCCAUGAGUGCAAGGGAUAUUACCCUUAGUGCCCGUUCCCUGGUUAAAACUCAGGGGAAACAUCAUAAAGUGGGUCCAGCUACAAAGUAUCGAUCCACGUUAAAGAUGAAACCACUAAAUCAAGAACCAAAGUUGUACUCAAUUGAAGUCGUUUGCCCAAUGGGUUGGCCGUUGACUCUUGCUCAAUGGAGACGUGUGGACGAAGUUCGAAAUUCACAAGAAGCUGCCAAACUUGAAAUACAAAUACAAAAGAAAGCUAUCAAAGAAAAGGAAAAGCCAGGCAAACCCGGAUCAGCAAAAGAUAAAGAUAAAGAGAAAACUAUACCGUCCUCAGUCUACGUACAUCAACCAAUGCCUGGAGAUGCCAGCGUAGAAUUGGAAUGUGCUCUAGCAUUGGGUGGUGGAGCCGUCGCCAAGAGAGAUGAUGACAGAGAUCUAGAGUAUUCUGAUGCAAGGAAAGCUUGGGAUGCGAAGGAGCCUGGUAGGAACCAUAGGGGAGCACAAAUCAGGCAACAUUCUAUUAGAAAAGAUUUUCGCACUGAGUUCCUGGAAGUACCGCCGGCUGCACCUUCAGAAAGCGUACAAAGUGCUAUGGAUUACGAGGCCAUGUUUGAGGAUAUUGAAGAAGGUAAAGAAUCGGUGCACCAACCCCCACCACAGGGACCAUCUCCUGUGUCUGAAAGUGGAUUGCUAGAAAUGUCGGUGGAGAGUGAGGAAGAGGCUCUGUACCUGUUAAUGCCCGACCAGCUCCGUGACAGGUUCACUCCACUCCACUUCUUGCCGUACUGCACGAAGGAGAAGAAUGAGGAAGAGAUCAUCAUCGUCUCCCCGGACAUGGCAGAAGCUGCGAAGAAGGACAGGCAUGCACGCAUGGAAGCCGCCAAAGAACGCAUGCGUGAACUGCAACUCUUCAAUGAGGAGCACGUGCUGGGCAGGCAGAAGUACCGCUGUCAAGUGUUGGAGAAACUCUUUGUUGAUGGAACGUUAUGCCCAGAAUUAGUAGAAGUUAUGGAACAAAGAGAAGAAGCCAUUUGUCAAGAAGUGCUGAAUAGAAACCUAUCAGCCACGAGGAAGAAGUUAGAAGCGAAGUUGGAUAAGAAGAAGUAAGAGUAAAGAGAAGAAAGAAGAGAAUUGAUAUAAGAGAAGAUUGAUUUAAGAAUUAUUUCGUUUUAAGUUGUAUUUCGCAUCAGAGGUAUGCGUUCGGUUAUAAAAUAUUUUUGGUUACUAUUUUGCGUCGAUUAUUUUUCUAGAUUGUACCAAAA